UACCUCAGUUGGUCUUGAAGUGUUGAAGUAAGUGCUGUUAAACUUCCUUCGAAAUGUUGCUGGUGGCUAUUGCGGUGGCGACACUGAUCUAUUUGUUGGUGAAAUUCUAUGUGACAAGGAAAGAAUUGAAACGGGUAGCGUCUUAUUUUGCUGGACCGAAGCCCAAUCCGUUGCUGGGAAAUGUACUGGAGUUUUACAAUAAGGAUAUACCAGGAAUUUUCGAAACCAUGGUCGGCUUUCAUAAAUCCCACGGAGAAGACAUCAUCACAUGGAGCGUACUGAAUUUGAACAUGAUAAACGUAACGAGCGCCAGAAACGUGGAGAAGGUUCUCAUGGCAAAGCAGACCAAGAAAUCGUUCCUGUACAGCUUCGUGGAGCCUUGGCUGGGACAGGGUUUGCUCAUUUCCAGUGGAGAAAAGUGGUUCCAACGGAGAAAGAUCAUUACCCCUACGUUUCACUUCAAAAUUCUGGAACAAUUUAUCACGGUGUUCAACAAGGAGACGGACACUAUGGUGAAGAAUUUGAGGAAGCAUGUUAACGGUGAGGAGUUCGAUAUCUACGAUUACGUGACGCUGAUGGCUUUGGAUAGUAUUUGCGAAACAUCGAUGGGAACAUGUGUGAACGCCCAGAAGAAUCCAACCAAUCGCUACGUGCAGAACGUGAAGAGAAUGUCCGUGCUGAUCUUGCUUCGUACGAUAAGCAUUCUUGCUGGAUCUCCUCUGCUGUACGACAUGUUCCAUCCAAAUGCUUGGGAACAGCGAAAAAUUAUCCGCGAGCUUCAUGAAUUCACCGAUUCGGUCAUCAAAUCAAGGCGCCACCAGCUGGAGGCGGACAAUCUCGAACAGGUGGAUUUCAACAUGAACGAAGAAAAUUUGUAUUCAAAAAGAAAAAUGACUUUCUUGGACUUGCUGCUAAAUGUAACCGUCGAAGGUAAACCCCUUUCCAAUGCGGACAUUCGUGAGGAAGUCGAUACCUUUAUGUUUGAGGGGCACGACACUACGACCAGCGGAAUUUCCUUUACCAUCUAUCAGCUGGCAAUAAAUCAGCACGUGCAAGACCGACUGUACGAUGAGAUUGUGUCGAUUCUGGGGAACGACGCACAGGAUACGGAACUAUCCUUCCAGACGUUGCAGGAUUUCCGUUACCUGGAAACGGUGAUUAAGGAAUCGAUGCGCCUUUUCCCUCCGGUGCCUUUCAUCGGAAGGUCAUCGGUGGAGGAUAUGGAAAUGAAUGGAACAACCGUUAAAGCUGGCCAAGAAUUCCUGGUUCCCAUCUACGUCAUCCAUCGAAACCCGAAGGUAUACCCCGAUCCAGAACGUUUCGACCCGGAGCGGUUUUCCGACAUGGCCGAAUCGAACCGAGGUCCGUACGAUUACAUCCCAUUCAGUGCGGGGUCUCGGAAUUGUAUCGGCCAGCGGUAUGCCAUGCUGGAGAUGAAGGUCACCUUGAUUAAGCUGGUUAUGAACUACAAGAUACUGCCGGGAAAGUCGCUUGGACAGUUGAGACUGAAAACGGAUUUGGUUCUCCGACCGGAUAGAGGGAUUCCAGUUAAGUUAGUUGCUAGGAGUUGA